AUGGAGCAGGCAGCCCCGGACUUGGAACGGCCGCUGCAGCCGGCGCCCCUCGAGCCUCUGGGCCACCCGGACGCUGGGCCGGAGGCGGCGGUCGGUGAGGAAGCGGAGGGGGCCCCGGAUGAGGAGGACCCCGGGGACCGCACGAUGACAGAAAAUAAUUUUUGUUUGAAGAAGAUAGAAAUUAGUGUUUCAGAAGCAGAAAAGCGAACUGGAAGAAAUGCCAUGAACAUGCAAGAAACAUACACUGCAUACCUCGUUGAAACAAGGUCAGUGGAACAUAUUGAUGGUCCAAGUGUGUUAACAGACUCGCUGUGGAGGCGGUAUAGUGAAUUUGAGUUGUUGAGAAACUACCUUUUAGUUUACUAUCCACAUAUUGUUGUGCCACCUCUACCAGAAAAAAGGGCAGAAUUUGUUUGGCAUAAACUCUCUGCUGACAACAUGGACCCAGAUUUUGUGGAAAGGCGACGAAUUGGUUUAGAAAACUUCCUCUUGAGAGUUGCUUCACAUCCCAUCCUUUGUAGAGACAAAAUCUUCUAUUUGUUUUUAACACAGGAAGGUAACUGGAAGGAGAUUGUGAAUGAAACUGGGUUUCAGCUGAAGGCAGACUCGAGGUUAAAAGCGCUUAAUGCAACAUUCAGAGUGAAAAACCCAGACAAGAGAUUUACUGAACUAAAGCACUACAGUGAUGAACUACAGUCAGUCAUCUCUCAUCUUCUUCGAGUCAGAGCUAGAGUAGCAGAUCGACUCUAUGGUGUAUAUAAAGUACAUGGGAAUUACGGGCGAGUUUUCAGUGAAUGGAGUGCCAUAGAAAAAGAAAUGGGUGAUGGACUGCAGAGUGCUGGUCAUCAUAUGGAUGUGUAUGCAUCUUCUAUUGAUGAUAUUUUGGAAGAUGAAGAGCAUUAUGCAGAUCAGUUAAAGGAGUAUCUUUUUUAUGCAGAAGCCCUACGGGCUGUGUGCAGGAAACAUGAACUUAUGCAAUAUGACUUGGAGAUGGCUGCUCAGGACUUAGCAUCUAAGAAGCAGCAAUGUGAGGAACUGGCAACUGGGACUGUGAGAACAUUUUCUUUGAAGGGAAUGACUACCAAGCUCUUCGGUCAAGAAACUCCAGAGCAGAGAGAAUCCAGAAUAAAGGUGCUUGAAGAACAAAUAAGUGAAGGGGAACAGCAGCUAAAGGCUAAAAAUCUGGAAGGCAGAGAAUUUGUGAAAAAUGCUUGGGCCGAUAUUGAACGCUUCAAGGAGCAAAAGAACCGUGAUUUAAAGGAGGCUCUCAUAAGCUAUGCAGUCAUGCAGAUUAGUAUGUGCAAAAAGGGAAUUCAAGUUUGGACCAAUGCUAAGGAAUGCUUUAGCAAGAUGUAA